AUGGGUGUCAACGGCCUCUGGCAGGUCCUGCAGCCGUGCGCGCGGCCCACGAACCUCGCGACGCUCAACCGCAAGCGCCUCGCCGUCGACGCCUCCAUCUGGAUCUACCAGUUCCUCAAGGCCGUGCGCGACAAGGAGGGCAACGCCCUGCGCAACUCGCACGUCGUCGGCUUCUUCCGCCGCCUCUGCAAGCUGCUGUGGUUCGGCAUCCUGCCCGUCUUCGUCUUCGACGGCGGCGCGCCCGCCCUCAAGCGCGCCACGCUGCAGGGCCGCCGCCGCCGCAGGGAGGGUCGCCGCGAGGAUGCCGUCCGCACGGCCGGGAAGCUGCUUGCCGUGCAGAUGCAGCGCAUCGCCGAGGAGGAGGACGAUAAGAGGAGGCAGCGCGAGGCGGAGCCGGUGGUAGAAGAGGAGGCGGGCGAGGCGCUGCCGGAUAUGGAGAAUGUAGUGUAUGCGGACGAGGCCUUCUCGUCGAAGCAGGAGCGGCAGAAGAAUAGGAAGUUCUUCAAGCAAGACCAGUAUCAUCUGCCAGAGCUUCAGAAUGGUAUCGAGGCGAUGGGCAAGCCUGAGGAUCCGCGCAUCAUGAGUGUUGAAGAGCUGGAAGAGUAUGCGAGACAAUUUCACAACGGCGAGGAUAUCAAUCUGUACGACUUCAGUAAGAUUGAUUUUGAUGGCGAAUUCUUCAAGAGCCUGCCGCCACCAGACCGAUAUAACAUUCUCAAUGCGGCAAGGAUAAGAAGUCGUUUGAGAAUGGGUCUGAGCAAGGAGCAACUCGACGAUAUGUUUCCGGACCGCAUGGCUUUCUCGAGGUUCCAGAUUGAGCGUGUCAAGGAGAGAAAUCACUUGACACAGCGACUUAUGUUUGAGAUGAACAUGGCUGGAACGGAUUUGACAAUGGGCGGCGGCGGGCGCAUUGCUGGAGAGAAGAACAGGGAGUACAUUCUGGUCAAGAACGAUGGUGUCGAGGGUGGAUGGGCACUGGGGGUUGUGAGCACAGACAAGGAUCGCGGUUCCUAUCAAAAACCGAUCGAUGUGGAUGCUCUACAAUUUCAAUACCAGACCAAGGAAGAGGAGCAAGAACCGGAGGAUGAAGAUGAUGACUUCGAGGAUGUCCCAAUUGAAGGGCUCAACCGCCUACCAAAAUUAAAAGGCAAUGUCAGGCACGAGCUCGAUAAUGCUGAUGAUUUGGUUGAGGAUUCAAUGUUCAUUGAUGGAGAGCCCGCACAAGAAGAUCUUUUUGGCAGUCAACCGCAAGAAGAUCAACUACUUGCUGAUGAGGAUGAAGAUCUUAACCGCGCAAUUGCGAUGUCGUUGCGAACUCAGCACGGUGUUGGUGGGCAGACUGAAGAGGAGGAAGAAGAGGAGUUCGAGGAUGUUCCCAUGCCUGAAUGGACUCAAAAGGCUGUGGAUGUACCCAAGCCAAUAACAUCUUCUAGCGGCCGAAUGGUUGCACAUAUUGUCAACAAUAGAGCAAAUGCUGCCGUUCCUCGGAGGAGGGAGAGCGACGCAAGCAGCGACAGUGAUGUGGAUUUCAGGACAGCUUUAGCUACCGCAAGAAAGCAAAAGAAGGUCCAGCCACAGCCGAAGGCACCUGUAAGGCCAAAUGUCAAGAAUCCAUUCGACGGUCCGCUGCCAUUUGAGAAGCUCAACUGGCGAACUUCGAUAUUCGAGAAGAAGCCUGCAGAAAAGUCGAAGAUGACAGAAAACUCCGCUGACGCUGGUGGCUUCGAAAUACCGUCCGACAGCGAAGAGCUGGAAGGCGGCUUCGAGAAGGAGCCAGUCGAUGACGCGCCUAGGCCGCUGCCACCUUGGAUGAUAAAUAACGAUGUCGACAUAAGAGACUCUGUGAAACAGCAACAGGAAAUCGAGAAGGAGAUCAAUGAGGAAGAUCAAGAACUCGUGUCAGAGGAACGACGACAGUGGCAGCGAAAACAGCGCAGCGAGAUCGUUGAGAUUGAGUCUUCUGAUGACAAUGACAGCGAUGUGGAGAUUGUGGACGCGCCACCACCGAAGGUGACCAAAUUACCAGAGAAGACACCAUCGCCAUCAUCUGUGGAAGUUGAGGCGGCUGUCACUGAGGGGAGUAUAGAGAAGAAUGAUUCACCAACCUUACUUGAAGAGAAAGAGGACGAGCAUAGCCUUGAGCUGGAGACAGCCAAGUCCCCCGUCCACGAUGACGCUCAAGAUCGCUCUCCGUCACCGGAGAUGGAAUUUGAAGAUGUGAGUGUGACGGACCAGCCAUCUAUUACAGAAGAACCUGUAUCACUUCAACCUGAAGAUUCUGCCGAGGUGGAAUUCGAAGACGUCACAGUUCCUACACCACCAAUCGUACAACAAGAGAGAGUAGAGGGCAUAGCCACUGCCCCUGAUGACGAUGACCUCUUCGGGGACGUUGAAUACGAUGAGUUCAGCGACCCCGAGGAAGAGGAGCUUCUGGUACAGAUGGCUGAAGAAGCUGAAGAGCAUGCUCGGUUUGCAAGCCAGCUGAAUAACAAGCCAGAACGGCAAAACCAAGAAGACUAUGAGAGAGAGUUACGUGCUCUACGAAGUCAACAGAAGAAAGAUCGUCGAGACGCGGAUGAGGUCACUCAAAUCAUGGUAACCGAGUGCCAGUCUCUGCUACGCUUGUUUGGCAUUCCCUAUGUCACAGCGCCCAUGGAAGCAGAGGCUCAAUGCGCCGAGCUUGUGCAGCUAGGUCUUGUGGAUGGCAUCGUUACCGAUGAUUCGGAUACAUUUCUAUUCGGCGGCACAAGAGUGUACAAGAACAUGUUCAACAGUAAUAAGUUCGUCGAAUGCUAUCUCAGUUCCGAUCUUGAGAAGGAGUUGUCGCUGUCACGGGACCAACUCAUUGCAAUUGCCCAACUUCUUGGCUCUGAUUACACUGAAGGUCUCCCGGGCAUUGGUCCGGUUACAGCGGUUGAGAUUCUCUCUGAGUUCCCUGGUAGGGACGGGCUGAAAGAAUUUCGAGACUGGUGGCAAGAUGUUCAAGUCCAGAACCGGCCCAAGGAGGCAGAUGCCAGCUCUUCUUUCCGCAGAAAGUUUCGGAAGUCGCAAGCGAAGAAACUCUUCUUACCCCCUGGAUUUCCAAAUCCCGCCGUGGCUGAGGCAUACCUGAACCCUGAGACCGACAAAAACCCGGAGCAGUUUCAAUGGGGUGUGCCGGACUUGGAAGGCCUACGCCAGUUCCUCAUGGCAACCAUUGGAUGGAGCCAGGAGCGGACAGAUGAGGUGUUAGUACCAGUCAUCAAGGAUAUGAACAGACGGGGAGUUGAGGGCACUCAGAGUAACAUCACUCGCUAUUUCGAGGGAGGAGUUGGUGUAGGAACAAAGGAAUCCUUCGCGCCGAGGCAGCGAGUCAAGGGAAGCAAGCGCAUGGCUGAAGCUGUGAGUCGGCUUCGGGCGAAGGCUGGGGCUGAGUCUUCAAUAGAUGAAGAUGUCUCAUCAGAGGCGGUCGCGCCCACGAAGAAACGAAAGGCCCGUACCAAUGCUUUCAAUAACGACGAAGUAGACAUCCCUGACGAGGGUGAGGCAUCCGAAAAUGACGAUGCCCGGGGAAAGGGUCGAAGGAAAGCCAGAGGGAAGAAAGCGAAGGCCUAG